GAAUUUUUUUAUCCAAGCUGCUCUUACUCACAAGUUUCCACUUUUUUGGCUCUGCUAAAGAAAAGAAAAUGGCAAGAACCUCCCUUGUUUUCCUCUUGCUUUCCCUUCUGUACAUGGCUUGUCAGGCCACAUCUCCAUCGGCUGCAAGCUCUCGUGCCUCGAAUUUCAUCAAGGCCUCAUGCAGUGCCACCAAAUAUCCAGCACUCUGCGUGCAGUCUCUGGCAGCAUUUGCCCCUACAAUCCAGCAGAGCCCACGGCAGUUGGCUCAGACGGCCCUGUCUGUGAGCCUAGACAGGGCUCAGUCCACCGAGGCAUUCGUGUCCAAGAUGAAGAAAUUCCAGGGACUUAAGGAGAGGGAAUACGAGGCAAUCAAAGAUUGCAUUGAGGAGAUGAGCGAUAGCGUGGAAAGGCUCAGCAAAUCAGUGCAAGAGCUCAAGCACAUGGGUCAAGCCAAGGGUCAGGACUUCUCGUGGCACGUUAGCAAUGUGGAGACCUGGGUGAGUGCCGCACUAACCGACGAGAGCACCUGCGUUGAUGGCUUCGCAAGCCGGGCCUUGGAUGGUAAGAUCAAGGCCUCGAUUAGAGCCCGUGUCAUGAAUGUCGCUCAGGUCACCAGCAAUGCUUUGUCGUUGGUUAACCAAUUUGCCUCAAAGCAGUGAUCAACCAACUGUGUUGCUGUUGCAGAAAAGUCAAAACAAGUGGUCGACUAGUCGUGGUUUUCUUUAGAGGCUAGCUUUUUGUCAGUUUUAUCAUGUGCUUUGGUUCUGAAUCCUUUUGGCUGUACAUGUAAGCUUUUCUUAGCAAGUGGAAUGCAAACAGAUCGUGUCCUCCUUACUUUAUUGGAUGCUGCUUA